GGGUUCGGCAUAGUCUAAGGUUCGUGUAAUCGAGGGGAACGAACAUGGCAUUUUGUUGAGGAAAGAUAAGCUCUUUACGAGACUUUACGUACCAUAGCCGUGGUUUGCAGUGCAUUAAGCGUCACUUUCCUGUGAUAAUUAACCAACGUGAAAAUGGGAAAUUCAGAUUUGGAAUGCAUUGAUCCAAAAACUGAUACAAUGGAUGAAUCGGACGCUGCGAUAUCGGGGGAAUUAAAAAAAAAGAAGAAGAGAAAGCACAAACACCACAAACACAGAAAAGACAAGGUGAUGGAAAAAGAAGAGAGAAUUGACAGGCAGGAAAGGAAGAAACAUAAAAAACAUAAACGUCCUAAAAAGGACAGAGACAACGAGCAUGACUCUGCGGAAGAAAAAGUACUGCCGGUUGAAGUUAAACCGUCUAACAUGUAUCAUAAUGCGACAACUAUUGGAGGAGCGAGUACCAAUGGCAAGAUGGCAACCUUUCAACUGGAGGUGGUGUCCUCCGAGGAAAGCGAGGACGAAAAACUGGUUGACUUAGAUUCGGACGAAGUAGACUGUACUAUUAUCGAAGAUGACAUCGACCUCGAAGAACUAAUGAAACAGAAGGAAAGAUUACAAGCCUGCCUGGUACAAUAUUUAUCCGACGACUCCGACAAAGGUGGUAAAUUACAUCUGCCAGAGGCGACGAGGGUCGAAGAAACUCCUGACGUGAUUCUAGUCGAAGACGAUAGCGAAGACGGUGUUAGCCAAAAGAAACGUGUCAAGAGUCGAUCGGAGAGUAGGGAUAGGAAACGGUUGUCCUCGACGAAGCUGGAAAGACGUGUGGUUGUUGAUAUGUCACGUGAUAGAAAGAGCCGCGAAGAGAUCAAGGACAAGAGACGAGAUCCAGAUAGAAAGCGGGAGGAAAAAGUUCCGAACAGAGAAGAAUCUAGAAGGGAUGACAAAACUUCCAGGAAGGUGGUCGAAAGAUCUAGAGAAGAUAUUCGACGAGAGGAAUCACGAAGAAGACUGGAGGACGAGCGGCGAAAGGACUCUCUCAAGAAAGAAGACGAUCGCAAAAGAGAUCAUGAACGAAGAGAGGAGGAGCGCAAACGGGAUUCCGAUCGUCAUGGCGCUAGACGAGACCCUUCUCCCAGUAACGGUUCGAAGUCUCGAGAUGUCAGGACAGAUUCUAGACAUCAGACGAUAAAAUCGAACAGUCACGAUACGUCGGGUGGGAGAGACCGAUUUUCAGGCCGAGAGAAAAAGGACAGUAGAGAACAACAGUCGAAUCGUGACCACCAAGGCGCUCGGGACAGACUCGGCAGCCGUGAAAGGAGGGACAGCAGAAACAGAGAAAGAAUCCGUGACAGAUCGAAGAGUAAUCGAAGGUCACGGAGUCCGAUGAGAAAUAGAACGGAUAGGGAACGUAUGGAUCGUCACCGAAGGUCCAGAUCAGUCUCUCACAAUCGCAGAGACCGUGACAGACAUGGGAGAGAGUACGAAAGGGACAGGGACAAAAAUGGGAAAAGAGAUAAGAAUGACAAGUACAAAGACUCCCUGUCCGAAGGGCUCAAAGUAGAACACUCGGAAAGUUCAGGCGAAGAGGACAUAAAAGAUAUUGAUAUCGAAGAAGAAGAGGAUGAGGAAGCGAUCAUCGAGAGGCGAAGAAAGCAGAGAGAAGAACUUUUGAGGAGAUUAGGCGGACCAAACGAAGAUUCCAAUCUUUCGAUGGAAUUGAAUACAGUUGCCAGUUCGCCACCUUCGGACAACACGUCUGUGGAGUCGCAGAAAUCGGCGGAUGUUGUUUCGAAUAACAAUGAAUCAAAUUCGGAGAGUCACACUCCACCUUUACCAGAGAAACCAAAAUCACCUCAGCCCGCCAAGAAGAGAAAAUCUCGAUUUAAUACCAGCGAUGGUGAAAACAAAGAAAAGCAAGAAGAGAUCAAGCCCUCUGAAAAAGUGAAAUCCGACGACAAACAAAAUCCCAAAAAGAGUAACGAGUGGGACAUGUUUGCGGAAGCUGACAAUAUUGGCGAUUUUAAUAGUCCCACGGUGGAAGGCAAGAGGCCUGGUGGACCCGAUAACCCGAGUUUAACGGAUAAUUGGGACGAUGCCGAAGGAUAUUACAGAGUACGGGUUGGAGAAACAUUGGACUCUCGAUAUGUAGUAUAUGGCUAUACGGGUCAAGGUGUAUUCAGUAACGUUGUUAGGGCGAGAGACUCUGCUAGGGGGAGCUUGGAUGUGGCCGUAAAAAUAAUCAGAAAUAACGAAAUAAUGCACAAGACGGGUCUCAAGGAACUAGAAAUUCUGAGAAAGCUAAACGACGCAGAUCCCGAAGACCGUUUCCACUGUCUACGUCUAUUCAGACACUUCUUCCAUAAGAAUCAUUUGUGCAUGGUCUUCGAGCCCUUGGCUAUGAAUCUGCGAGAGGUUCUGAAAAAAUAUGGAAAGGACGUUGGUCUCCAUGUGAAGGCGGUGAGAUCGUACACGCAACAGUUAUUCUUGGCUUUGAAACUGCUGAAACGUGCAAAUAUAUUGCACGCCGAUAUCAAGCCAGACAAUAUUCUAGUCAGCGAAAGCAAAUUGGUGCUAAAACUUUGUGAUUUCGGUUCAGCUUCACACGCGCACGAGAACGAAAUCACCCCUUAUCUCGUUUCGCGGUUUUACCGAGCACCAGAAAUAAUUCUUGGUAUACCCCAUGAUUUUGGCAUUGACAUGUGGUCCGUGGGGUGCACCAUAUACGAGCUGUACACAGGAAAAAUAAUGUUUUCGGGAAAAACGAAUAAUCAGAUGUUGAAGUUUUUUAUGGACCUGAAAGGAAAAAUGCCUAACAAACUGAUCAGGAAAGGCACCUUCAAGGAUCAACACUUCGAUGGAAACUGCAAUUUCCUCUACCACGAAGUCGACAAAGUUACGGAAAGGGAAAAGGUUGUAAUAAUGUCCACCCUUUCUGCGAGUCGUGAUCUCGGCAACGAGUUGGGUGGUAAUUCGUUGCCUGCGGAACAAAGCCGGAAAGUCGGCCAACUGAGAGAUCUAUUGGAACGGACUCUGAUGUUGGACGCAGGAAAACGCAUAACUGUGAACCACGCAUUGGCGCAUCCCUUUAUACAAGAGAAAAUCUAGGUAACCCCACCUUUGGGGACCUUCCUCGACGGAGAUUUAAUUAAUAUAACUGAAAAAACUUCAAUUAUUCACUGCUAAUUUACCACUACCAAAGACCAUUGAAUAACACUGGUCCGAUAUACGGUGUUGAGCUCAUGUUUUUAGACGAGUUUACCACGCAUUCUGAUAUUGAAAAUUAUCAUUAAUCGUUGUUUUUUUUUUUUUCGUUUUUUUCUAUUUUAAACAUUUUUUCCGCUUCGUCUUCCGGAAAUAAAAUGGAAGUACAGAAAAAAUUAGUUUUAUCGAGAUCAUAAUCUACGAAAUUUUUCAAAAAUCACCGACACACUUUAUGUGUCUCUAUUAAUCACCGGAUGUUGCGCCAGAACAGGGGGCGAGAGGGGGGAAGGGCUUUCAGUUCCUGAUCAUAUUUAGAAAUUACUGAAUAGGUAUAGUAAUUUCUCCGAAUAUAACUCAUGUUUGAAGAGAAAACAAAAGAAAAACCUUUACAUGAGUAGUCUAGAAAAUUAACAAAUAGAAUUGUAAAUACUGAUAUGAUUUUGAAAUUAUUAGUGCGACAUCCCAGUAUUAUAAUUUCAUCUCGGGCUGGAAAUUGUUGUGACCACUUAUUUGACAGCGUCACCGAUCAUUGACAAAUUAACCGCUUUUUGUACGAUGUAAUUCCCAUCAGUUCUAUUUAGAUUUGAAAAUGUAUCGACUGAGAUAUGAAAAGAUUUUCGUAUUGUUGGAGGUAGAAUGUGAGUACGGGUAAACUCUGCGUCAUAUUCGUUACCUUAGACUGGAAUACUAAUUGUAUUAUACUUUACAAUGAAAUUUUUUUGCAAAUUGAAAAUCGACACGCUUGCAUGGAUUCACGGUAGAACGGCUCAGGCCCCUACACGUUGACGUUAGUAAAAUUGGAAUAGGAAAACUUAUCUAACAAGAGCAAUCAGAAGUUUGAUUCGUUUUCAAGUUUUGAAGCAAAAUAUUACGUAGCUUAAUUUUUACAUGAUACUUUUUUUAGCUUCCGAGGUCUCAUGUAAUUUUUGUCUAACACUGUCUAUAAAUUAUGAUAGGAAAAAGAGGAAAAAGAACAUAAUUCUGAAACGGCUAACCGCCGACUUUAUUUAUUCAAACAUUAUGGAGGAAAAAGUGAAAAAACAAAAAGAACACAAACUAAAACCAAUUCCUUUUUUCAGUAAUUCUUGGAUUUAUAAUAUGUUUUUAUUUCGACCAUCAGCGGUGAAAUUUGGUGUACUAACAAGAUAUUGUAAAGCAAGUAGAACUGUAGUUGAAAAAAAAAAAAAAAAAAAAAAAAAGAAGAGUAAAGAGAAAGAAAAAUACAUACAUAUUGGAAAAAAAAAUACAACUAAGAGCACAACGCCCUACAUUUUUAAUCUCGAUAGAGUACAAUAAUAUCUACUACCUCAUUUUCUAUGUAUAGUUUAACCAAAAAACGCAAACGCAUUUGUGGCCUGCGCUAAUGUAAAAAUUCAGAAUGAGCUGUUCAAUUUGAAACCGAGAACAUCAUAGGUCUCACAUUUUACAGUUUGUUUUUCCUGACCGGAUAGUCACACUUUAUCUGCACUAUAACAAAAAUAAAUUAUUUUGUAUUUCGUGAUGGGAAUACAGGAAUUUCAGUAGAUUAUCGAAGUUUCUGUGUGCCAUAGAUUCAUAAAGUUCAGGGUGACUUGUCAAUAAGAUAAUAUCGACCACCCCUUGUAUGUGUACCGCAUAGAUGAUCAUUAUUUGCAUCCAAGAAACAUGGUUCUUAAAGUACACACAAAAGUUGCAAAACUGUAUGAAGCUGCUUAUGUUUCAGAUGAGUCUUCAAUUCAAAAGCAGCAUUAAGUGCGGCGGACCUUUCAAGUGCCUUAAACGCUGUUCCCGUUGCAAGGUAUUCAUGGGGGCUGCCUCAUGGGAUGUUUAUUAUAGCCAUUUAUCAGUUUUGUCGUCUUUGCGAGAUACAUUUAAGAUUCAUCGAUUUUAAUAGUAUUUUUAAUGCAUAAUUCUGUUAGAGCUUGAACACUUUCAUUUCACCUAUCAUUCCGUCGAUGACAAUGGGAAUACUUGUUACCUCCUUAACAUUUUCAUUCUCUGAUUCAACCAAGCCAUUUACACUUUUGAACCGUGAUAGUUGGUUUUUUUUUUCACUGUUCACCUUCAUUUACGGAUGUCGAAUCUCCCACUAUCCUCACAAUAGACUUCCAUCAUCGACACAACAAAAAUUCAUCAUUAGUACCGUCUAAUGCUUACUUUGACGUUGUUCUCAUCAACUUAUUCCAAAUAGACGUGGUGAUGUGUCGUGAAAUGAAAUUCCUAGAUUUUCUGUAAUUUCAUUUUACUCAACUAUUUGGUACACCGAAACUAAUGGCCUUCUGCCUAGAGUGAAAAUACCUGACAGUUCAUUCCGAUAAACUGAAAACUGCAAACUGUUCUUUAACUUUUUCCCGAAUCGUAUGAGACAUUUAUGCAAGAGAGAAAAGAAAAUUUCGAAUGAUUCGGUACACAAGUAGAGAUACCGUGUUCGUUCAACUUGAACAUUUUUCUAAUUUGCUAUUUGGUAAUGUUUCAAUUAGAGCCCUCCCUGAGCGGAGGGAAGGCAAUGGAAGGUGGUGAUGGAAUCUGGUCAAAUCUGCCAUCGUACCGCAUUCUGAUAACCGCAGCAACAGCGAUUGCUGUCCGAGUUGAAAUCGUCUCGAGGUAUAACUAACAUGACCCCCAACUCACAUUUAUCUAUAUCGAUCUAAUACUUUCGGAAGCACGUGAGUAUUCUGUAAUGCACAGGUGAGGUUUGCUGAGACGCAUUCGAGUCUGAAAAGGCAUUUUUAUUCAUUCUAAGUUUCAUUCCAUCCAACUGCAUUAGAAAUAUUUCAAAAAGGCGAGGCCAUGUUUUUUUGUGAGUUCAAUUUUUUCGUUUCAGAUACAAAAGAGAACCAGGCACUCCGAUGAUUUUCAUGACAAAAUUUACGGAGCUCUUUACUGUGCGCUGGAAUUUUUACACCGAUGGAAUUGCAUCCAUUCGAGUGGCAAUCUAUUGAAAACAUUUGAGCCUAGAGGCUGGUACUAGAGUGCUUCUCGACAGCAUGAUCGAAAGGCCCAUUAUCUGUAUUUAUUAAUUUAUUAGUGCUGAAUAAUUGACAACGCAACUCUGAAUUUGUGAAGUAUCCGAGCGAAGAAUGAACUUGUGUGACAUUCUGCAGGCUUCUUAUUAGGAGGCUUUGUGUCAAGCACAAUCCUCCAUGCAUAGCGACCGACUUCUUUGUUUGAAUUCCUUUAUCAUAGUCACGGAUAUUCAGGUCAUCUCGAUAGUUUCAUGUAAAGAUGUCGGUCCUAGUGCAGUGAAGUAGAAUACCGUUCUUUUGAAUGUACUUGGUGCGAGACUUUACAGAGUCUCUUGACGAUGUCACAACGGAUGGGUGUGCAUUGACCAUGGAUUUAUGAAUAACAUUUUGCUAGUAACAUUGAAAACGUUAUAUUUGGUAGCGAUAUGAUGUACAAGAUAUUGUCGCACUUGUAAGUUCCAUAACAUAUCAAUCAGAUUCAAUAGUGUUCCAAUGUAAAACUGAUCAUUCCAAUGUUUCCAAAGAACCCAUAGUAAUUAAAUGGCGUUUUGACCGAAGGUUCGAGUAUAAUCUGUUCUCCAAAAGUAAUAUAAUUUCGUACGAUAGUUUACGCAAGAUAACUACAUACCCCGAAUCAACUGUUCACAACAAUGUAUACCGCAACACAAUUUUGGGAUGCACUAUGCUAUAUUGUUUGAAAUAAAACUAUUUGAAGAACUAUAAA